CGCCGUUUGGCGACACCUGCGCGGGGCAGUAGUGUGGGCGCCAUGGCGUCGCCUUUCAGCGGGGCGUUGCAACUCACAGACCUGGAUGACUACAUCAGGCCGUCGCAGGACUGCAUCAAGCCCAUAAAGGUGGACAAGAGGCUGGGGAGUGGUGUAGCCAAGAUCCACAUCGAGGACGACGGGAGUUACUUCCAAGUGAGCCAAGCCAGGGGGACGCAGAAGUUGGAGAAAGCAAAGAUCUCACUGAACGACUGCCUGGCAUGCAGUGGCUGCGUCACCUCAGCAGAGAGCGUGCUCAUCAUCCAGCAGAGCCAUGAAGAACUCCGGAAGAUUCUAAAUGCUAAUAAGGUGGCGGUGCCCGACCAGCAGAAGCUGGUUGUCAUCUCAGUCUCCCCACAGUCCGUGGCUUCAUUAGCUGCGAGAUUUCAGCUAAAUCCUACAGACACCUCCAGGAAGUUAACUUCGUUCUUUAAAAAGAUAGGGGUGCACUACGUGUUUGACACUGCCUUCUCACGGAACUUCAGCCUUCUUGAGAGCCAGCGUGAGUUCGUGCAGCGGUUCCAGAGCCAGGCCAACUCUGGACAGGCCCUGCCCGUGCUGGCUUCCGCCUGCCCAGGCUGGAUCUGCUAUGCUGAGAAGACCCACGGCAGCUUCCUUCUCCCACAUCUCAGCACUGUCCGGUCCCCACAGCAGGUCAUGGGCGCCCUGGUCAAGGACUUCUUCGCCCAGCAGCAGCACCUGACCCCUGACCGUCUCUACCAUGUGACGGUGAUGCCCUGCUAUGACAAGAAGCUCGAGGCGUCCAGACCUGAUUUCUUCAACCAAGAGUUCCAAACACGUGAUGUUGACUGUGUCAUCACAACAGGGGAGAUGUUCAAGCUGCUGGAGGAGGAAGGGGUCUCAUUCCCAGACCUGGAGCCAGCCCCCCUAGAUGUUCUGUCGAGCUGUGCAUCUGCCGAGGAGCCUACCAGCCAUCGGGGUGGGGGCUCCGGGGGCUACCUGGAGCAUGUGUUCAGGCAUGCAGCCUGGGAACUCUUUGGAAUCCAUGUGGCUGAGGUCACCUACAAGCCCCUGAGGAACAAGGACUUCCAGGAGGUGACCUUGGAGCGGGACGGCCAGGUCCUGCUGCACUUCGCCACUGCCUAUGGCUUCCGUAACAUCCAGAACCUGGUACAGAAGCUGAGGCGUGGGCGCUGCCCAUACCACUACGUGGAGGUCAUGGCCUGCCCCUCAGGUAGCAUGUGGCCUCUGGGGGCAGGAAUGGAGCAGGCCAGGCUGCUUGAAUGGCGGUGGGCAGCUCAGGGCCCUGGAUGGGCGCAGCAAGGAGCUGCUGCAGCAGGUGGAGCGGCUGUAUGGGGAAGUCAGGACACAGGAGCCCAGAGAUGUGCCAGGGGUCCAGAAGCUGUACAGGCACUGGCUGCAGGGCGAGGGCUCAAACAGGGCUGGCCACCUGCUGUAUACACAGUACCACGCUGUGGAGAAGGCCAGCUUCGGCUUCAGCAUCAAGUGGUAGGGGCUUUGGUUUGCCUGGCCUGGCAUGGAGUGUACACGAGCACGAGCUUGGGGCUCCAGGGCCUCUGCCUCAAGACACAACGGGACAAACUGGGACAUGUGGGAACAGGACUCUGGCUGGAACCUGCCUCUGGCAAGCUUCAACCCUCAGGCCCACACUGAGGCACUGUGCCCCGGGGGGCCCACUAGGGCUCAGUCAGAAGGCGAGAGCUGACUCCCAUGCCCACAGCAAGGCUCCAGAAACUUGCGAUGGCUCGGGCUGUCGCCAGCCUCCCUCACUCUUCCCUAACAUGAAGGGAACUUAAAAUUUCUAGAGUCAUUUUCUGAAGCCACGGUCUGGGAGUUGUGCCCAGCAUGGGGAACCCACUGAACAGGCAAGAGGUGCCCACCUGAGCCACACCUAGCAUGGGGUUGCAUGCCUGCUGGCCUGGAAUCUAGAGAUGGGCCACACACCGAGGCUGCAGCAGGCCCGGGGCUCGGCCCGCAUGCACAGUGGGGUGCAAGGAGCCUGGUGGUAUAGCAAUGGCUCCUCUGCAGUCCCAAGCCAGGCCUUCCAUCCACAGAUGGCAUGGGGGGAUGCCAGACUGUCUCUGCCCACACCGGGCCAGUCUUACCAUGAGGCUUACUCCCAAUAAAGGGAUGUGCAUGUCCUAAAGCA